ACUCCUCGAAGGCCCGAACCGGCAGGCGAAAAAAAAGAACACCACCCCCAAUCCACGAACCACCCUCCACCUUCCCCGAACUACCCCCAAUCCCACACCUCUCACUCUCUCCCGAUCCCCCAUGGUGCCGCCGUGGCUGCCUGCCCAGGAUCCCGCUGCACUGCCGCCGCUCCGGCGCGACGCUGCCCCGUGGCCGCUUGCGCACUCCGCGGAACGCGCGCCGGCUGCUUGCGUCCGCCGUCUCUUGCUUCACCGGCGCUGCGGUGGAGUGAGCGCUGCCGUGGCCUCGGGCGUGGCUUCCUGGUACUUGGAGAGCAUGUCGAGCAGCAACAUCUUGUCGGCAUCGAUGUUGUCGAACGGGAGCAGUGGCGGCGUGGCCGGGGCUCGGUGGUGCCAGGUCGCCGAGUCGGCGGAGCUGGUGGAGAAGCCCGGCGAGGCGAGGCGAGGGCGAGUGCUGCUGCAGCAGCAGCUGCUCGGUGGUGUGUGGUCAUGGCAUGGCGGGUCAGAAAGUUAACGACGCCCGUGGUGAGCCGCGCCUCCUCCGGCGCACCGCCACCACCACCUACUCCGGCGCGACGCUGCCCCCACCUCCUCCCAGCUCCAUCGCCUCCUCCGGCGCGCCGACGCACAGCCCCUCCCGACGGGCCCCUCUGCGGGCGCCGCCCCCAUCCCACCUCCUCCUAGGCACGCCACCACCACUCCCGUCUCCGGCGACCCAUCCCGCAUCUCGAUCUGGAGUGGUUCACCCCUUGGGGCUUGGGAAGUUCACCGCAGCCGGCCGGCGUCCCCGCGCCCAGCCGGAGCUCGCCUGCCUCGAAGAUGAUCUGCAGGACUAGAGCACAAUAUGCUAAAGAGAUUGUAAUUGCCGCACGUCCAGGAAGCCCUUGGCUCAAGCAUCAAAGAGAGAACUAGUUGUUUAGGUAGCGGUGGAGGAAUAUGUGCAUCGAUGCAUGAUUUGAAGCAAGAACUUUCUUUAUUACUUUGAUCUUCGAAGCCGGGCACUGACGGAUUACCAAUUUACUUCUCUGAACUUAUCAAAAAACUGCUAGAGGUCCACUGAUGUAUCGCUGCAGCUCCUGACAAUGCCCCGCGCUGCCACCACCUCCAGUCACUUCAAUUUAGUUCAACCUGCCCAGCCACAUUAGCUCGAUUGUUUGUGUUUUGAAGAACAAAACAGAGUUGGCUAAAAAUUUGCAGCAGUUCAAUGAAUCUCACAGUGGAAGGAAUCAUGUGGGAAAAGUUGCUUUCACCCAUUCUGGUGCUGCAACAAUUUUUUUUGAUUGUGUGUCAUCAAAAUUUUGUUUAUCUAUCAUGUGGUGCUACUUUUCUGUCUC